AUGACCGCACAUGAGAUGUUAGAGAAACUGAUCGCGUUCUAUGUGGAAGUCGAAGAGGAAGCUGCAGAAAAAGAAGCAGUUGAAGAGUCUGAAACGAUCGAAAGAGAUGUACAAAGAAUGAUCGAAGCGGGUCAAAAUGUAAUCAAAGUCGGCGCGUCCAAAAGUCACGGCAGCCACGAAGACCGAAACCGAUAUUUUAAGCCGUUAACAGUUCCGACGUUCAGUGGUGACAAGAGAAAUUUUGAAGAUGUUUGGGCCCUUUUACUAGAGUUGUACACGAGUCAAUGGAGCCAUCCCACAAAACCGAAAUACAAUAAUUAUGGUAAAGGGUUUGCUCUCAACCAACUGAGAAUAGAACUUUGUGCUAAAACGGACUAUAGAAACCUACCCUUAGCAUUGUGUUACUUUACAACAUUUCCGCUGCGUUUUAACACAGAGAAGAACCCGUUUGUCGGAAUGGAAAUAUACACGAACAGCAGCUGGCAAAAGCUUUGUACCAGUCAAUGGGAUGAAGCUGAUUUAAAUUUAACCUGCAUGGCCAUGGGCUACUAUAACAACGGUGUUUAUGCCAACGACACAUGGUAUGCAGAAAGAGGCAACGCCUCGAAGAAAUCCGACUACCACAACUGCACCACUCCAACUACGUGUCAAAAAAGCCUGGCAAAGAAACACCAAUUUUGCAAAGUUCCUGUUCGCUUGAAUGGUGCAAAUAUGGAGUAUGGAGGAAGAGUGGAAGUAUUUUACAAGGGUAAAUGGACAAAGAUCUGCAGGAAUGGAUGGGAUUUAGACGAUGUCAAAGUUAUUUGUCGUCAACUUGGCUUUGAGGAGGCUUUAGCGAAAUUCAUUGGUUCAGACCUAAAGGAUGAGGGAAUUCCUUUUGCAAUGUCAAAUGUCUCUUGCAAUGGAGAUGAGCCAGAACUCGCAUCUUGUACUCGUAUUGAUGGAAAAGUUAAUAUCCCGCCUCAAUGUUUAUCAGAUGGCAAGGGUUCUCAGGCGUUGUGUCAGCCAAAGAACAAAAAACUGUUGAAAAAAGAAGAAAUCUAUUUUGAUAUUGGCAGCAGUGAAACGCUUCAAUGCUCAGUAAAUAAUGAAACCAGUUAUGCAAGAUGGGCCAUUGCUGGUGAAAAGCUGAAGAAUAAAACAGAAAACUCUACGUCCCAAAGAAUCAGGAUUAAAGAAACUGGUGAACUGUUCAUUGAUAAGGUGCAGUUGUCUGAUGCAGGACUAUACGAAUGCUACAGAUUGGAAUAUGUUCGAUAUUACAUUGUCUACAUAAAUGCAAGAUUUACUGAGGACACGCUAGGAGAACAAACUUUGANCAACAAGCAACUAUGCAAUUCCACCAAAAGUGAAUAUUUCUGGAGCAAGCAGUCUCAUCGUAGAGGGAAACAGUGUGAACUUGACGUGUGA